AUGGAGCUCCUUGCAAUCUGUCGUGGCUUGGAACUCGCUUGGAAUCUUGGUCAUCGUCGGGUUCAGUGUACCUCGGAUUCGUUGCUCGCUGUCAAUUUGAUUCUUCGGCCUCCCUCUCAUUUUCAUGUUGAGGCUGUGCUUGUCCAUUCCAUCCUGGACCUGCUUCGGCGAGAUUGGGUGGUCCAAGUUGCUCAUGUCUUACGUGAGGGGAAUGCUUGUGCGGAUUUUUUGGCAAAAGCGGGAGCAGCUCAGGAGCGUGAUUUCCUCCUCCUCCAGGAUCCCCCUCCUGGAAUGGAGUAUUUACUUAUGGCAGACUCUAUGGGGUUUGUGACAGUUAGGCAGUAG